AUGUGUGGGGCGGAAAGAAACGGGUGGGACGGGUUCAGUGGGGAUCACGUUCCUCAUAAUGUGAAACACACAUCAUCAAACCCUUCCCAUUCAGCCACCACUCCCGUUUCCGCAAGAACAUAUAGCGAACAACAGAAAUCACAGAUUGGGGCGAUUCAAACUUUAGUUUCAAGGUCGUUUUCUGUACCUAGGCGAAACAUUGUUAUCGUAAGAUCAAUUUCUUUUGCAGCACAUAAGGAUAAUGAUCAAGUCGAGAGUGCUAAUGAUCAAAUUGGUUGUAUUGAAGUGGAAAACGAUGAGGAGAUUGACGAGGAAGAAGCGAUUUGCAGAAUCUGCUUUGAUUCAUGCGAUGAAGGUAAUCAGUUGAAGAUGGAAUGCAGUUGCAAAAGUCUCAAAUUUACCAAUAACUUUGCUUCGCAUGCCAAGUUAUGUUUAAAGACAAACCGUGAAUAUGAAUCCAUAAAAUCAAGAGCAUAUGAAUUCAGGAACAAUAAGGAUUUUGUGGUGCUAGUUUUGAUAAAUGAAAAGACAAAAAUACCCAUGUACUAAUGGUACAAAAGUGAUGGCGUUAGGGUCAAGGACAAAUCUCGCAAUGAACUGAAACCAUAAGGACCAAUGGUGUGACUUUUUGCUAGGAAGUCCUCAAAAUGCGAUAUUCUGUAAACCAUAGGGACCAAUUGUGAAAUUUUUUCAUAUAUAUAUGGUUAGGAUCUGUUGAGAACAUUUAUAUUCGUGAGAGCGGUGAACCUUUUUUGCUGUAGAUUUUUUCUAUCUCUCUCUCUCUCUCUC